AUGGAAGAAGAUGAUGGGAUGGGAAGAGUGAGAGAGUUGUUGGACUUGGAUUGUUGCUAUUGUUGCUUGCAAAUGGUGGUACCAUACUUCUCUCAUUUGCUAAAUGAAUCUAGGGGAACAAAGGAAGGAAGAGGACAAACUCCAAACGCCCAAAGCCAACAUGAAUAUGGGUCAAACCGGGACAUAACCACAAAGGAAGUUAGUAACGCUCUCAAGGAAAUAGGGCGAGCCAAGGUAGUUAGUCCUGACAACAUCCCGAUUGAGGUAUGGAGAUGCUUAGGAGAAGAAGGCAUUCAAUGGUUAACUAACCUUUUCAAUGUUAACUGGAGCACACGUAGAUGCCCGAGGAAUGGAGGAGCAGUACACUUAUCCCGUUAUAUAAAAACAAAGGCGAUGCACAAGGAGAGGAAAAAGGAUUUACAUAUGGUGUUUAUAGAUUUGGAGAAGGAUUAUGAUAGCAUACCACGAUAUACCAUUUGGGAGAGCCUAGUGGCUAAGGGAGUCUCGCGAAGCCAUAUUGAAGCAAUACGAGACAAGUAUAAUAGAGCAUCAACUAACAUACAGACACCUGGAUCAGCACUAAGCCCAUUCCUCUUUGCAAUCAUUAUAGAUGAGCUCUCUAAGUCUAAUUGGGAAACCGUGUCAUGGUGCAUGUUAUUCGCUGACGAUAUAGUGUUAGUCGCAAAAACUUGCGAAGAGGCUAAUACUAAAUUGGAAGAAUGGAGGGCAGUUUUAGAAAGUAAAGGGUUACGUAUAAGUCGUAUAAAUACAGAAUAUUUGAGAUGCAAUUUUAGUGGCAAUGAUCAAGUUGAUGCUCAAGAUGUGAAAAUUGGAGAAGAUGUAAUCACAAGUACGAAAAAGUUCAAGUACUUAGGAUCGGUUAUCCAAAGUAAUGGGGAGAUUGAUAGGGAUGUUACACAUCGUAUACAAGCGGGUUGGCUUAAGUGA